AUGAAGUCAAAAAAGAAGACUGGCACUCGCCCCGAUGAGGAUCCCCAUCCCCAUCGCACAGGCCCAUUCUCAUUUCUCAAAAGUCGUCUAUUCUCCAACCCUCCAAAGUCAACACUCGACACUCAGCAGCCUACAACAAGUGCCAGCCCACGCACUUCAGUCUCGUCUCAUCGCUCAAUGACACUCCCUCAUCGCUCACCAUGGUCAAUGGAUCUACCCCCAGAAUCACCAUCAGAUGCAAAGGCGAGAUCUUACGAAGACAGCAUUGACAACCUACUACCGCGUAGACGUCCUUCCUCCACAUCCGAAGACCAAAAGCGUACAAGUCUUAUUGUUCUCAAAGAAGGCUAUCUCUACAAAAAGACAGAUUUUCGUGCGUUCCACAAGGCCUCGCGACUCGAUCGAGGUUGGAAGCUUUAUAGGGUUGUAUUACGAGGUCACAAACUGUAUCUGUACAAGACCCCCACGGAGUCUCCACUCAAGUCUUUAUUUCCCCUGCCCAAGGACCACCAGCCAACUUUCUCACUCUCUACUAGCUCGGUCUCGAGUGUAAAUCAAGGCCGGGCCUCUUCCUCAAACUCUGUCUUGGCAAGCAGUGACAGCAGCAUAACCCUAAGCUGCGAUUCCUUUGAUCGUGAUGCCCAGGGAAUCUUUAUGCACGGCCCACUCCGGAAGUCAUUUGUGUAUGGCGCUGCGUUUGGCGAGCUGGAUCGCCAAAGUCUCGCACCCACCCACGAUGUCCGGCUCCUAUUGUUCGCCUCCCAGGUCAUUGUCUGUAGACAAUCUGCCGACAGCAAAGAAAGUGGUGUGUGGCAGAUCGAUCUUCGACUCCCGCUUCAGCACCUCAGACUAGAGUCUCUCUCCUGUCCAAAACCCACUUUUGCCCUCGGACUCAUCAGCCAGCCCGCCAUGAGAGUUGUCUUUGAAUCUCAGACAACCGAGCGAGCUGACCAGUGGAUCGCAGCCUUUAAAAAGACUCAGCAGAAAUACAUGGAGACUGAGUGGAGCGAAGAAGAAUCUAUCAGUCUGGAGGCCAGCUGGCUUGGCAUCUCCAGUCACAGUCCCAAAAAUUGUGUAGAAAAACCCUAUGAUGGGACACAGCAACAUCCUGGUCUAUUGAUCGAUUCUACCCCGGCUGGAAAACGCAUACAAGGCGGAUCGUUAGAAGCACUUGUGCACGAAUUACUGCUAGAAACGCAGAGUACAUGUCAGGAACAAGGUGCAUACCUUCACUGUUUUCUAUUGACUUAUACCAUGUUCACAACCGCGGUUCCGAUGUUGGAUGAGAUCAAGGCUCAGCUGAAGCGCUAUGGAAAUCAACCAGCCCUGCAGAAUCGCCUUGUGGAUCGCACUCUCGACAUCUUUGAUGUAUGGUGUCGAUCAUUCGGCCAAGAUGUCGUGGGAGAAGUAGCCACGGGUAUGAUUGCAAUUCUGGACAGCCUGUAUAUCAAGACAUUGGCUAAUAUUCAACAACGAUCCAAACGAGUCAAGACUCUGGUGUUGGCUACCCUAGCCCAGAAUGGAGCCAAAAACGAGCAAGAAGCCAUGUCUACCUGGAAUGAUGCUAGACUAGUAUACACAAUAGCAGGAUAUAGCACAGAGGCUGAUGUAGAGCUGUCCAAGAUUCAUCCGAAUGGGCUCGUUCCAUCACUUUUUUUGGCAAUGAAUCCGGAGCAAUUUGCUGAGCAGAUAUAUAUGUUCCAUUAUUCCCAACAGCGCACAUAUCGUCAGAGCCUUACCAAUCCAUUGUCAUUUCUACCCGGUCCUCAGAUACCUACUCAGAUGUUGAAUUCGUUGCUAUUUACAACUGCAUCCCCGCAUUUCCUCACUCGUCUCAUACGUCGCCAGAUUUUGGUUGACACCCAGCAACACAAUAAGGCCUGUCGCACUGAGCGUAGCAUGCUGAUUCGUACCCAAUUGAUAGAACAUUGGAUUCGGGUCGGACGUCAUCUCUUGGUACUCGGGGACAUGUCUGGUUGGGCAGCCGUAGCCAUGGGUCUAUGCUCGGUGGGGGUUGUUCGCCUCAAGGAAUCCUGGAAAUCCGUCGAUCAUAGACUGGUCAUAGCUGUGAUUGAAGAUUGGGUGCCUUUACUUGCCGAUCACGGUCUGUUUUCCCAAGAAGUGUGGGUGGAUGGAUGGGAAGGAGACCAAAGUCAGGUGUUUGGCGCCAUUCUUGAGUCACCCUUCAAAGAUCGAGACAAUCUCCCGUCGCUGCCUUUCUUUGGAACCCUAAAACAGACAGUAGACCGGAUGCGUAAACACGUAAAAGAACACCUGGCAUAUGGCACCAUUCAUUUCGCCAAGUACUGGUCCAUCUUUGAUACAAUUGAACACAGUCUGGCCGGGCUCAAAUUCAAUCCAGAAUCCACUCUUCUUACCACACCACCCUUUGAUGUUGCUGUUCCUCUCCAGACCUACUUUGAAACCUCUGCUACGGACUUUACUGCCGUCCCUCAUGACUACCGUUAUCUUCAAGAAGCAUCAUUAGGAUGUGAACCGCGUAUAUUUGGACAACACUAUGAUAGAAAGACUCAUGAUCCUUUCCAGUCCCCAGAACCAGGCAUUCUGUCAGCCAUGCAUUUCCCUGAGAUUCUUGAGAGUCAUAAUUUGUUCAAGCCAAGUGAGGCACUUGGUCUGUCUCUUCAAGCUUCGCCUCUACCUGAGCGGACUCUGCAGUCUAUUGGUCGAUCAAGCGAAGAUAGACUAAGUGCACGCAUGCCGGGAACAAUUGGCUUUAGUGUCCAGGGCAGAUCGCCACGUCAGACCAGCAGUAGAGCACUUCGGCGGAGGACGUAUAGUUUUCCCCCUGGUCGGAUCACAAAAGAGCUCGUUGAUGUGGAUGAAGGAGGAAGUGUUGGUAGUGGCAGCAUAGUAGGAGGAGGAGGAGGGCCCUUAAGUGACACUGUGAGUAGUACAUCUUCUUGGCUUACGACAGUCGGGUCUGGUUCAAGGAACGAGUGGGUUUGGAGUGUGCUGGAUGACAGUCUGGUUCUCAAGGCAACUCUUCAUGUGUCGGGCACUCAGCCAACUCCUCAGACAAGACACCAAAAGCAACAAUUUCGGCGAUCUCGGCCAGACACCUUGGGUAGUACAGAAACAUUAUGGAAUGAAAGCCGGCCAGUCCUUCAAAUUCAAGUCAAGGCCGGUGGUUUGGAUAGGCUAUUGGAUGGACUGUUUGAAGGUGUAGAUACCUACGCAGAUCUUGUGCGUGACCAGUGGCAAUCUCUUUUGAAGCGUGAAGAAGAUUACCAGCUGAUGAUGGACGAAGAUGAAUUCAUUCGGGUAUUCUUUGUUACAUAUCGUACCUUUGUGUCCUGUGUUCAUCUGUUGGACCUUUUCCGUAAAAGAUUCUCGAUGGCAAAGAUGGUCGGUUAUCGUGUGCGCCACGAGAAAAAGAAAACUGCUCUUGAGACAGUGUUUAUGCCGAAUGAGGCUGAGGAGUGCGAUUGGCAAAAAGUAGGAGAAGUCCAGUUGCGUAUUCUUGAUCUUUUGGUGUACUGGGUUGAUGAGCAUUUUUAUGACUUUGUGGAUGAAAUCGAGAUCUUACGCCACAUUGCCCGGUUUCUCAAGACGGCUGAAGAAGCCUUGGAUGAGUGGAGAGUGCCUUUGAUGCAGGUCUCCAAACAGACACCCCGGGAGGAAGAGGCUCUUGCAAUAGCGAGUAAGAUCCAGGAGCGUAUGGCCGAGCUCCGUACACUGUUUGUGCGCCGGUUCUUGUCACCUUGUUACGACCUCAAAGCGAUUGUUCACGAUACACAAGGAGGUCGCCAUGUUGAUGAGUUGUAUCGGCAACUGACGAAUGGGAUGACCCAAAGCUUCAGUACGACAGCCUACAAGUCGAAAUCAGACCCCAUUGUAUUUUCGCUUACAAUGAAACCAGAUGGCCAUCCGAAUGUCUGUGACGGUGCCGAUCCUGCUGCCCUUUUGCUGCAAGCCGAUCGCUCGGUCCGCCCAUUUUUUGCAUCAGUGACCCUCCAGGACUGGAUCCAAACCUUCGAUGUCUUUGAGGCCCAGUCAACUGACAUAUAUGCAUGGCUUCCUGCACGAAAGGCCUCCCAUACUUCACUGCUGUCGGCUGCUCUCUCGCCUGUCACAGAGGCGCCCUCGGCCCAGCAGACGAGCUACAAUAUGGCGCCAGAGGACAUAAUCGUGUCCGAUAUUUUCACAGCAAUUGAGGGAGCCCGACGAUCUAUUGUGUCGCCUUCAGCAUUUUCAGCCGAUGAUCUUUUGUUGGCCUUUCCGAGUUCUAUUCAAAACCUGUACUGCAUGCACUUUGUGAUUCGCAGCUGGGUGAUGUCUCAGAUUGCCCAGCCCAACCUUGAUCUCAAGACUCGGAUUGAUUACAUUGAUACCUUCUUGCGUGUUGCGACACUGAGUAAGCAUGCAAAUGAGACUCGUAUGAUUUUCCCGGAGAUCAAAGAUCCAGCCGCAAGACGUGUUCCGGGGUUUGUUGAGUAUGCGGUUGCCAGUGCCCUGGUGAGCCCGGAAGUGAGACUUUAUUCACGAGCGUGGCAAGAGGUUGGACUCCGGCAUGGACAAGGUUCGCUUGACACACUCGAAAGCAUGUUGUGUUCUGUUCAAGAAAGUUUCCAACCGCCCGUGGACGGACUGCUUGUGCCCAGUUUGGGGUGGAUCUUUGAGAGGAUGUUGGAACUUUGUGCGAUGGUGCCAAACAAAUACCGUCAGCGGGAGGAAAUCAUUUACUUUGACAAGCGACGCUAUGUAUUCCACUUUCUCAAUAUGCUGAUGAACGCCCAGGUUGACCUUGAAAUCACCAAUGACCAGCCACUACUCUCAUUCCUUGUUGCGCCCAACCGAACCAAGCCAUCUUGGCGCGAACUUAAAGAGAGUGCUCAGCGUGAAAACAAGGCUAGUGCGGCUAGUCGCAACUCUACUUACAAACACAACUUGCGAUCUCUAGUGUUUGGCAAAUCGGUUGGGGAGCAGCUAGAAAAACUCAGGCGAGACAUCAAGGAGCGUGAUCGGAUGGAUAAGGAGUGCCGAGAGGUUCAACACAAACUUCAAAAAAAGCAAAUGGAGCAACUAAGGCAAAGUGAGCGCCAAGGAAAACGUUCUGUAAAAGGCCAGUCUUCUCAGCCGCUUCAGGCUCUGCAACUGCAGCACCACAGUCAAAUGAUGCCCAAGAUCAAUUCGUUUCUGCGUGGCUUGCGGCCGCACUCUAUGACCAGUGUCACCCUCGGUCUGUUUCCGACUGACUAUGGCGACACCACCAUGUUGUCUUUCAUGACUACCAAGGCAGCAACUGUCAUCAACCUAAUUCACUCGACUGUCUCUGUUGCUAGUGCGUACACCAAGCGCGACUAUGUUUUCCGGAUUGUUACGGAAGAAGGUGGACAAUAUCUGUUUCAGGGAACAAAUCGAGAUGACAUGCACGACUGGAUGAAGCAGAUCAACAAUGCUGCUCGUGAGGGUGCGGCUAAACGUCAGAGUGUGCUAGUAGCCGAGUCUCUGGAUGACCAGACGAGUCAAUGUCGAGUUGACAUUGCAGGCAAUUCGAAUCGUCGUUCAGGCCAUCUCCAAUCUCGCUCGUCUGUAUAUGGAGUUGAUCUUGCAUUGCUGAUGCGAGGGGAUCGCAUUCCGUUGGUUAUGGAAAAGUGUUUGAAAGAGAUUGAGAUGCGUGGACUGGAAGAGAUUGGUAUAUAUCGGGUCGCAGGCACUGGGUCGGUUGUUACCAAGUUAAAGAUGGCAUUCAACACACAACUGGCGACUGUAAAUCUCGGGGACCCUGCGUGGGCUGAUAUCAAUGUUGUUGCUGAUGCCCUGAAGCAAUUCUUGCGCGAAUUACCUGAGCCUCUUUUGACAUGUAGUCUUUAUGAUGAAUUUAUCAAUGCGUCUGCUUCUGAGAAUCAUGAUGAGCGAGUCUACUUGAUCCGGGAAACCAUUCGUAAAUUGCCACCUGCAAACUACAUUGUUCUUAAACGUCUUAUUGAGCAUUUUGUCACAGUGACAGAUUUCGAGGUUGUGAACCACAUGUAUGCAACCAAUCUGGCAAUUGUGUUCGGUCCUACCCUUCUUCAGCCAGCUCCGGGUCCGGCUUCAUUUGCCACAACGAUGUCCAACUUGGGCCACCACCAAAACAUUGUAAAAUACCUUAUUUUGAAGUACCAUGAUCUCUUUGACGUAGAAUCCGAAGAGGCAGAGGCAGAGGCCAGCACAGACUUGGAUGAGGCAGACGAAAAGAAAGACUGUGAUUCCCAAUCAGAGACAUUUACUCCAUAAGAAACAUAAUGGGGAAAAAAGGGAAAACCAAAAAGACAACCAAAAAAAACAGCCAACCAACAAACCAGCAAAUCAAACAAAUUACAUUACAUUCUAUUACAUUACUAUUAUUAUUUUACUUUAUCUUUUAACAAUUUCCACUCACUCACUCACUCACUCACUCACUCACUCAUUUGCACUCACUCACACUCACACAAGGAUAUUUGAUUUAUAUAUAUAUAUAUAAUCUUGUCUUUCUAAUGGCUGGUCCAAAUUCUCAUCUUUCUCUCUAUAUAUAUAUAUAUAUACAUACAUAUUUAUACACAAAUGAAAUACAUUAAUGUAAAAAAAAAUGUAAUUUGAAAGGGAUUUACAAAUAUGGAUUUUUGUGAAUGAAACAAACAAAACAAAACAAAAAAAAGCUCAUUUGGCUAUUGAUAAUUUGACAGGCUAUUUUAAACAUUAAGAAAUAAA